AAUGGUACGACUCCUCAACUAAGUCCGCUUCCUGUAUGUUGCAGUUGUUUGCAAUAAUAGUAGCCUCCAUUGGUAAAUAAGGUGCCCUCUCUCGUCCUGAUUUGGAACUUUUUGCACUGCUUGCUGUGAACUGUAUUUUUUUAAUCAGCUGAUAUAAUAUUGCCCAUCACGCAGAAUAUAACAAAACUCCCCAGUACAGUAUCCAUACUUUUUAAAAGGGUUUACGUAAGUACAAAUGGACAUGUUUAUUUUUAUCAAGAGAAACAAACUGGGCUUCACAUCAAAUCCUGUACUUUACCAUAUUCUUAUACUGGAUUUUUAAAUUCAGAACAGUAGAGUACAUAUAUCAUAAUCGAUGGUGGUAUAUUUUAGCUCCUAAUGGGCUGCAAUUCAGUUCAGGUCCAGUUUCUCAUUUAAAAAAAGAAAAAUUCAGUAACCAGGCCACACCAGUCAAUAACCAGGCCUGAUAUAUAGCCGAAAAUAAAAAUUAUUUCUAAGAAUUAGACUUUUGUCUAAAAUACAAAGAGUAAUCAUAACAAUUUAAUCUUCUUCCAACUUCUGACUUAACACAAUGACAAAGGUACUGAAUAUUUGCUGUCUUUGCUCCGUUCUCUCAAUGUUUACCUUGAAGGCAGGGCCUGUUAAUAUUUGCUUGCGAUAUUUGUUCAUAAACUGUACCUGUACUUCUGAUUCAUUUUGGGAAACACCGCGUGACAAACAUUUGCCUAAAUUAAAACAACUCCCAGUGUGAUAUUACAGUAUGUUAAAGUUUCAUAUUUAACUACUAAACUGUCCUGUAAAUACGAACAGUCAAGAAUAUGGGUCAUAUCUGUUCAGUAUCUCCCCUUCAGUUCCCAAGGAAUAUCAGGUACACCCAGCGCUGUAUAUAUGUGUAUCUUCUAAGUGACUAAAAUAUAAAUUUGUGUACUUAAACUUGCUCACAAGGCUGAAGAAACAAAUAAUUAGGCUUUUUUGAACAUUUAGUGAACUUUUUUGUUUAUAAAUCACUUAAGCAGCAAUGAAAAUUGAAACACAGCUGUGUUUUCGUAUGCAUUCUGUUAUAUGGCUGUAUAUCUCAUCUUCGUAACACCUUCUUAUCUUCCGACUGUCCAGCCCUUCCGCACGACCACCAUGUCGCUGCCUUCCUUCCGUGAAUUUUAUUCCCCCCAUUAAUACAAGAUUGCAGCAUGAAUCUCCGUUGAAAUCGAACAAGAAUAAGAAGUACAAUGGGUUGUUGUGCGUGCUCUACCACUAUAAUGAGUGUCUUGUUAGGUUUUGCCUUGUACACUGACAACUCUCAUUGUUGCCCCCCUUCAGCCAGAAAAAUGGGCCAUUGUCACAACUCUGUUCGAAUCGGAUCAAAUUCAAAUUCAGUUUGUCACAUGCAUCAUCAUACAUAGUACAACUUGCAGUGAAAUGCCUUCUGUCGUCGUUUCGAUAAGCCCAAAGCUGAAGCAGUGUCAGACAUGUCACGGUAGAAACACUACAGUGACCUGAAUCACGAAGCAGGAUUUUUUAGCCGGAUAACUUGUUGAACUUAAGGUAGUCUGGGCUAAAUAUAAGUCAAAGAAGAUAGUCGAUUUAAACUGGGGUACCUUAAAUCCGACAAGUUAUCUGGCUAAAAAAGAAAUCCAUUUUCACAAUACCGGUCCUAGGAGUAAGUAAUGAACCAAAAAAACACUGAUUUAAAGAAGGAGCAAACAGUAUAGUAAGUAAUUAAACAGUAAAUAAAUGUAACAUAUAUCUGCCCCCUCCUAGAAAAAAAUCAGUCAACAGGCUAACUUUGCAUGUUCCUAACAUGGUGAUGCGCCUGAUUAGGUCACCUGUGUUUUAUUAAUUGAGGUGUCAGCUGAUAAAUCAACAUGGUGAUAGUGGAGCUCUACCCAGAACCCAAUCAUUCCAUUGCUGCUUCAUAUCCUGUCAUUUCUUUGGUUCUUCUCAUUUGAAACAGCACCUUUGUCUGCGGUGUCAAAGUCAAGUCAACCAGUGCAGUACCAAAAGUGCUGUCCUUGGUGGAGAAGGGCUCAGGAGUAGCAAGGUGUGUGGCUGAGAUGGUGGUGGCUCCCCUGCCCUCGCCGUGACUCCCAGCCAUUCAGUCUUCCAGUGUGGGUUGUCCUUUCCUGAGCCUGGUCAGUGAUGGCACUAGGGCCCUUCCUUGCUUUCUGGCCUAUUAUUGGGCUGCUAAUGGCACAGUCUUCCUCCGGGACCUCCACCCCAACCCUGCCCCCGCCGAUGGCCAUGAAUGCUACUCAGUGUAAACAAGCAUGUUCCAAUGUUUCCACCUGUACCUCCCUGUUUAACAGCACCACUAACAAGUGCCAGUUACUAAGUUGUGAUAGUGCCAGCUGCCAACCUGAAGCGGAGGAGGGGCUGUUGAGUACAGGCACCCUUGCAGAUAUCUCCAUUGUUGCUGGCAAGGAAGAUGUAUCGAAAUCUGGUGGGGUGGUCUUCAAUUCAACUGCGGCGCCAAAUAGCAAGCCCACCCUCGAAAUGAAAGUCCCAGUGAAUACAUCACAUGUAACCACGCCUCUCAUAAGUACUGAGAAAACGCCUGUGGCGACGGGUACUGUCAUGACGGAGCUCUCAACGAUGGCACCUACCACAACCGGACCCCCACUGGUAACCACGGGCACGAUGAAUUCCUCAACGACAACUGUAGCCAAUAUUACAGCCAAGCCCCCUACCGUAACGCCAAUCACCCUCAUGGCAAAACCCUCAGAAACGACCUCCCUGGCGACCAUCCCAAUCCCUACAAAGUCAUUGAAGAUGCCCACUACCACGAUAAAGGAGCCAACAAAACUAGUAGAAACCACUACAGUGAACGGAGUGCCGUCACCCACCUCUCCGAUGACCCCCAGCACUCAAGCUACCUCUAGGGUCCUUACACACCCAGCAACUUCACAGCCGAAGAGUAGCCCGGGUAAGGAUGUCAGAGGACCAAAUAAAGCCAUUUUAGACAUUACCGCAAGCUCUUUGACCAGACAGGUGGUCGACACCAGCACUCUGCUAGCCGUCCUUAUCUUCGGCCUGCUAUUUUUUGUGGUCAGUGUGAUUCUCUUCCUCACACAAGCCUAUGAGAGCUACAAGAAGAAAGACUACACCCAAGUGGACUACUUAAUAAAUGGGAUGUAUUCAGAUUCAGGAGUUUAAUGGUAAAGAGUUUACAUUUUUUGGUUCCUUUUUCUGUUGAGAACUGAUUCGUAAUGUUGUGGCAGCCUGACGUUCAGAGCACCGACGUUAAUGCUGUGGUUUUUGGGGGGACUUGUACAGUCCUACAUAGAGUUUGCACACCACAUGCAGGUCAGCUGUAGUCAAUGGGUCUUUUGAGGUUUCGUUUUUACAGUAAGACCUAGCAUGGGCUUAACUGAACCUGCAUGCUGGGAUCUUUGUGUGUUCAUCUUACCUACUUUUUCUCUAUGCAGAUGGUGCUUCUCUAUCUAGUCAUUAAACCCUGAAGACUAAUAUUCUUCAGUCUAUCUCAAUCUAUACUUAAGCCAUCAAAUUUUAAGUUUUUGUUAAAGGUUUUUUUUUUUGUAAACAUUUGUCAAAUCCUGGUACAGAAAUACUAAUUGCCUUUGUAGACAUUUCAGAGUUCUGUACUUGGGUACUUUGGAAAGACUUGAUCAAUAAUGCCUUUACCUUCACUUGUUACUAACUUUUUCCCACCACUCAUUACUAUUUUUAUUUUAAUUUUUUUUUCCUUGUGACAUUCCACUUUGUCUUUUGAAGAGUGGACGCCAAAGCGCUCAUUGAAGGACCUAAGCACACUCACAUAAAGCCAAGAAAGUUGCCCAGCCAUUCUGAAGUGCAUUCCUGGAAUCCACAAGCCCAUUUUACCACCCUGAGGCGUUUUUUCUCAACAAAUCCUGAGAUUUGAACAAGGAAUGAUAUAGACUGGUUCAUCUAUUCUGUGCCAACCUGGGUCUGUGCGGUCUUAUAAAUGCACAUUUACAAAUGUAACGGGUUUUGCAAUAAUAAAUUGUAAACAGGUUGUUUUUUUAAUUAUUUCUUCCUUGAAGGUGACCAGCGUUUGGCUGUUAGCAUGCGAAGCCGGGUGCUGUUGCUCCUUCACUUCCUUCCAUGUUUCUCAGGGUCGUUGUGUGUUUUUUUUGUUGUUUUUGUUGCAACGCGUGACGAGGUGGGUGUGGACUAUUCAUGGCUGUGGAGCCAAGUUAUUCAGUGUGUCCCGGGUUGAGUUUGGGAAUUUAAUUGGAAAGGAAGGAAAUGAGUGAGGCAGGAGGAAGGUGCUUAGACACCUUCACGAGGUUCACUCGCUCCAGGGAAGCGCUCGCACAAAAACCAGGGGGGGGGAACAUGGCUUUCUUUAAAAGGAUAUUCCGAAUCGCUCUGACUUGUGUAGCUGCCAGCUCUUAACUCCCCUUCUAUCCAGCAGGUCCAUUGGUUGUUAAACAAGGAUGCUGUGUUCCACCUCAUUUAACUGGUCUAAACUGUAAGCCUGCUGCGAUUGAGGAAAAGGUUUCCCGUUCUUCAUUGCCUCAUUUUGUGUUGAGUGGAGUUAAAUUCCUUCCGUCGGACGGAUCUAGCCAUCAUUACCGAUCCAGUGUUUAUGGCAAAUAAAUUCCCAUUUGACCAGUC